AUGAGUUCUAAGACGUCUUCUUCGACUCUUAAGAGCCAGUCCACAAAUCCUGCCACAACUCCAGGACCUGCUCCACCGCCGUCAACUUUAGCAGGAGGAGCUCCUGGAGCUUCACGAUCACCUUCUCCCGUGCCGAUACCAACCAAAUCACGACACGCCAAAUCGACUCAUAAAACCAUAGUAUCAUCUUCUGUCACCAGUUCUAGUCUGAGUGUUAGCGAUACGAAUACGCCACCCAAGCCUAAGAGGUCUGAAACUAGUAAACGACGACUGUUGAAAGCAUCUCUGUCAGCACAGUCUUUCAAAGCCGCAUUUGGCAGUCCAACAAGUAUUAGUAGCAUCAGUAGCAGUAGCAGUAGUAGUGUUGGUGGCAGUGGAGCUAGCAUUGGUCGAAGUGUCAGUAACGCCAGCGGUAGUGCUAAUGGUAAUGGAACUACUAUUAGUCAUGGAAUGAGUGGUGGUGUAAGUCCCGUUGAUAUUGUUGAUUCAACUGGUAUAUCAGGACCUCGCUCUACUUCGCCUCUUCCCGUUCCUGUCCCUAUUAAUAAGCUAGCAUCGAAUGGUUUACGACCUCUUCACUCUGGUGCUUCGUCGACUUAUUCCAGUCAACCAUCGCCCACUGGAUCAGUAUUCAACAACUUACCUACUGGUAUCGUUCCUCAGACUACGGGUUCUAGCGUCAACAAAAUCGCCACUUCGUCGUCUGUCGCAUUACCACAACGACUUCCUGAAAUCACUGAUGAUGAAAAAGCAAAGGUCGUUGCUGCUACUAAUGGUUCCACUAUUACCCCUGCAUCGCCUCCAUUACCAUUUCCUUUCUCUGUUUCUCGUAAUAUUUCAACCUCUUCAUUGCAUAGUCCUGGUAUCGAGGCAGGUAUCGCAGUGUCUCGAAAUGUAUCACAAAACAGUUCCACUGCAUCCACUGGUACCAGUACCCCAGCUAUUUGUAAUCCUAUUUCGAGCGAUGUUCUUGUCUCGUCUAUUAGCGCAUUUGGCAUUUCCAACAUGGCUGCCACCGGUAGUCCUCCUUUUGCAUCGGCCAUGAACAGUCCUCCUCCAGCUCCUAAUCCGAUGGGUGGUAAUCUUGAUGAUUACGUUGUUGGAACCUUGGACGAAGAUAGUGAACAGGACCAUGAAAACGAAGAUGGAUCCAAGUCUUCAAAUCACAGUAUUCGCACCAACGACUCGACUACUAAAACGGAUUCUAGUUUAUACAACGGUUCAGGACAACCUGGUAGUCGUUCUGUUAGUGGCGGCAUUUCUCACGCUCCUCCUUAUGUACAGACGGUGAGGGAAAAGAAGAGUCUCGAUAGUUUAAGUUCUUCUUUGGAUUUUGCCAAAAGAGCAGACUCUUUGAGAAGCAUGUGGGAGUCUCUAGAACCAAAUCUUCGUACUUCCAUGCGAAACUACAAGUCUUUACAAUCGGAAUGUCCUGUGCAGUGGAUCUCUUCUGAUUGUUCUGAAUGGGUCUUGGGAACGGGUGUGAUCGGGUCUGAUGGCUCUCUAACCCUCAAACUAGACGACAAAGAGGCUAUUGUGAUCUCGGAUUUGCGUCGGACUACUGUCGUUGGUACUCCACACAAGAGAUAUAUGGAGCUGGUAGUACCACCGAGUGUAAGCACCACAUCGAGAAUCAUUCUUUCUCCAACCUCAGAAUCUGACUUUAAUCUGUGGUUAUCAUCUUUACUACUGUUUUCGUCCUUGAAACCUCGAGGUAUGCAAGAAAAGGUAUGGAUUGUUCCUAGAGAUGACCUGCCUCCUCGUUCUCUGGGAGGUAAAGAAGCACAAAUCAUUGGUCAUUUCGAGGUGUACUUCCCAUACUACAGGAGUAAGAACAGUCGAAAGAACAGUGCUGCGUUUUCUCCAAAGCCAACAAAGCCUGUUGAUAAGGUAUCAGUUUUUAGCAAAGAAGGCAUGUGGCAACCGGUUGUUGGUUCUUUGGAUAAAAGUGGUGUGUUCAGAUUAACUCACGUAGCUGAUGGCUCUUUGGUACAAGUUAUCGACAUGACCAAAAUAUUCGCGUCGAGAGUGCGUGAAAUCGAUAGUUCAGUCUUCGAAUGUCGCAGGGUGGUCUAUGUCUACUGUCAAGACGCUAUUAUGGAGACACAGUUCGAACACCCCAACAAAUCUCGAGAGUCGCAUUUAUUCUUCUGUCGUUUUGAAAAUAGUAGUGACUAUUACGAUUGGUUUACUGCAUUGAGAGCAUUUGCAUUGCACAGAAUAUUCUCUCUCUCGACACCUUGUACUAUAUCUGCCUCGCCUGUUUCUAAAGAGAUUUCCCCUAUCUUGGCAUCUUCUGCAUCCAGCGUCUCAGUAGCAUCCAACUUGUCCUCAUCAGUUGGUGGUGAUUUAGUACCGAACCUCAGAAAGGUGAUGAGAGUGUGCCGACAGAUCAACCUUCGAAUUAUUGAAGGCAAAAUCAAAGACAGUGACAAGUCUGGCGUCGAUAUCAAUCCGUUCCGCGAUACGUAUAUUGAAGUGCAGUUUGAAAAUGUUGUAUGGGCAAGGACUUUCGUGUGCCAGGGCAAUAGUGCUCCUUUCUGGAGAGAGGACUUUGUUCUCAAUGAUUUCCCAGUUAUCGGACCCACUAUCAAGCUUGUACUGAAGAGAAGAUUGUCUGCUGCUGUAAGCCCUAUCAUGGAUGUGGCCAUCGGAUCGAUUGUCCUCGACGAGCAGAAGAUGAGAGAGUGCGAAGAUGUUGAAAAGUGGUUGCCAUUGGUUUACACUCCUGAAGCCGAACGAGAGUACGACUUUGAUCUUUAUUUAUGUCUUAAGAUUGGUUAUGAUGAGACAAAAGUGUUGGCCGCUGAGAAGUACGCCAAAUUGGACUCUCUAUUGAGUGACGUGAGCAACAGUUUAACUGUCCAAAUAUCAGAGGCUACUGGUGAUAUCAACCGUCUGAGCGACAUUUUCUUGAAGAUAAUGCUUUCAAACUGUCAAGCUCUACAAUGGCUUGUAUCGCUCAUUGACUACGAUAUUGAAAAGGUCCAUGAAACUAUCAAGGCCCAUGAAAAGGAUCCUGAUAACUUUCCAGAUAUUCGCAAGAACUUUGGCAAUACUCUGUUUAGAGGUAACUCGUUGCUUACUAAAUCGCUAGAGCGGUAUAUGAAGUUGUGCGGUUCAGAUUAUCUUGACAAGAUUGUUGGCGUUUUUGCACGUAAAGUGGUUCACAAUGCUGUCUACCUUGAAAUUGAUCCUGAUAGACUUGCACAACAAGGUCUGUCACCUGAAGAGGUUGAAACUACAGUUGCUGACAAUCAGCAGAAGCUGUGCCAGUACACUACAUACUUGUGGAACCUCAUAAAAAACUCAGUAGACGAUAUGCCAUGUGUUUUCAAACUGAUUUUCAAACGGUUGCGAGAACAGCUAUCUCGCGAGCUCAAGAGAGAUGAGGGCCAUGUCGUUUACAAUUCAGUUGCGGGAUUCCUCUUUUUGCGGUUUUUCUGUCCUGCUAUUUUGAAUCCCAAACUGUUUGGACUGACAAGAACCCAUCCUACCGGCAAUGUCCAGCGAUCCCUGACGCUAAUUACCAAAAUGCUACAAGGAUUUGCUAACCGAGUGCGAUUUGGACUCAAGGAACCGUGGAUGAUUCCUAUGAACAAGUUUUUAGACACUCACGAGACCGAACUACUUGAGUUCUACAAAGCAGUUACUCUUUGUGAAGGCGAGUGUGAUGUUACCAAUGGCCAUAUCGAAGAGCACUGCCGUCGCAAGAAGGUCAAUGACGGUUCGCUUCAGAACGCUAUUGGCUGCACUCUAAGCAACCCAUACUUGAUCGAUAAGUUUGAAAACUUUGCUAAAAUGAUAGAAAUUUGGAACAAAAGCUCAUCUGCGAAGAAGCUUGGUCCGAAAUUAGAACCCAAGGUUGAUACCCUAGAGACACCCAAGUCAGAUGCAAAGGCUGAUUUGGAGAAUAAUGAUAAUGAUGUGAAGAAGGAUGAUGUUGAUGAUGCAUUAAGAAAGUUUGCUAGCUAUUGCCGAGAAAUCACCGACGACAGAGAUGAGCUGUCUCGUCUUCUUGAGGAGCCGGAGAGUAUUAGCGUGUCCAAUGAAGAGGACAUCUUGAAUUCGAUUGACAUGAAGUUUGAUACAUCGAAUGGCAAAGUAACUCUGUCAAAGACUCGAAUCGCUGCUUCGAAAGCUCCCAACCACAAGAAGGUCCGUCUGAAGAGUACAUCCGAGUCUAUACAGAUCAUAGAUGACUCGGUUGUCGAGUCGGUUGACGUGAGUCCCAAGAAGGGCUCGCGGUGGAUGAGGCUGGCUAGCCGCUUAAAAUGA